AUGGACCGGUUAAGCAGAAUGCUCGCCGCCGCUCAAGGCAUGGGUGGCAUGGGAGGGCCGCAGGCGGACACCAACCUCAUCGACAACUCGGAAACCGUCUACAUCUCUUCGCUCGCCCUACUCAAGAUGUUGCGACACGGCCGGGCCGGUGUGCCUAUGGAAGUCAUGGGACUGAUGUUGGGAGAGUUCGUCGACGACUACACAGUACGGGUGGUGGACGUGUUUGCCAUGCCGCAGUCCGGAACUGGUGUCUCCGUCGAGGCUGUAGACCCCGUCUUCCAGACUAAGAUGAUGGACAUGCUUCGCCAAACAGGAAGGCAAGAAACCGUUGUCGGGUGGUACCAUUCACAUCCCGGUUUCGGCUGCUGGUUAUCGUCAGUCGAUAUCAAUACACAGCAAUCAUUCGAACAGCUCACACCCCGUGCUGUCGCCGUCGUAGUCGACCCCAUCCAGUCCGUCAAGGGCAAAGUCGUCAUUGAUGCCUUUCGCUUAAUCAACCCGCAAACGCUCAUGAUGGGCCACGAGCCCCGCCAAACCACAUCCAACGUUGGCCACCUCAACAAGCCCUCGAUCCAAGCCCUCAUUCACGGCCUGAACCGUCACUACUAUUCGAUUGGUAUCAACUACCGAAAGACUGCACUGGAGGAGAACAUGUUGAUGAACCUGCACAAGCACGUAUGGACCGAGGCACUUCUCAUGGACGAUUUCAAGAGCGAGGGUGAGCGGAACGUGGAUAGGCUGCAGAAGCUGGUCACAUUGGCGGACGGUUACGAGAAGCGAGUCAAGGAAGAGACGGAGUUGACAAAGGAGCAACUGAAGACACGAUAUGUCGGAAAGGUGGACCCGAAGAAGCACAUCUCGGACGUCGGACAGCAACUGAUCGAAGACAACAUUGUGUCUGUCUCACGGCAAAUGAUUGACAAGGAAGCUUCAGUACCCAAGUCAAAUGUGCGACAAAGUGGCCAUGCUAGUGGUGGCGACGACGUUGAGAUGGAGGAAUAA